CAGUAGCGAAAAUGUAUAACUAAAACACAGCGCAAAAGCGAUAAUGGCCAAUGGCGCCACCAUAUCGCUUCUACUCAACCUGGUUAAAUACAAACUUACAACGCAUACUGUAUGAAGCCACAACAGGACGUUUUAUACCAUGGAGAUUUAAUAAUCACGGAUUCCUACGGAAUCAUAGUACCCAAAUACAUAGGGAAGCUAUAGAAAUUAGUAAAUGUAGUUUUCAAGAUGAUAUAAACCAUAAUAGACACGAUGCGCUGCAUAUCGCAAGAGAUAAUCCAUGCCAAGACCAAGUUGAACUCCUGAAACGCGUGAAAAGUGAAAUACAAACUAAAGGCACGAAUAUAAUAUGCUGGCUGCGGACAAAUAGACAAGGAUACAUACGAGAUAUAGACCCGUCAGUGGUCACGCUGUUCAGGAAUGCAGAACGAUUCGCAGCGCUACACGGCCUUCUUCUGUGCGAUGUGCCACUGGAAAACCUGGAGUCACAUAUACUAGGCGCGGAUAGCUUGCGUGACCUGUUUUCACCCAGAUUUAUCGAAACACAGAAGGUUGCUCUGUAUCGCCAUCAACAACUGCCGCUCUUGAGGCACCCACAAGAUCAGUAUGUUGAUCCAAUACCAAAUGAAGUGUCGUCACAAUGCGAUGAAGCGAUUAAUUCUACACCAGAUGGUGAUACCGAAUGCCUAGGAUCUAACUAUGUCAACUAUAAAAGACAGGUGCUUAUCGAACGCCAAAGCUUCACGGAAGCGUUAGAAACAGCACGUGUUGAGGCCUCAAGCCUCAUGGAAAUUGAAAAACCAUCGCAACUGCCAGCAUUAAGUGAAACUUGCGAACAGUGGAUAGACGAUAUAGCCAGGUUCAUUAAACAUGAUAGACAAAAGGAUACUGAAUCAGUAUUGCCAUCAAUACUUGAUGAGCAUACACUGGCACGUGCAACGGUUAAUCUGGCGUUACAACUUAUGUGCUUCCCCGCCUACGCACACGAUUCUAAAGGACAACGAGGAGGAAUGCUAAGAAGACGGCCUCAACAAACGGCAGGUAACCAAGUACUACUGGCCCAUGCAGCCAUUCGACUUGGUGAUGAAGUUGGACGUAUGUACGCAAGGAAACUUGCAGAAACCAAGCCAUCAGAUAGUGAAUCUUCAGUAGAACCUGAGAAUGUAGAUAUAAAAUCGCAUGACCAGGAAAGUAGUCUUGUUGCCAGUACACAGCCAAUGGGUAUAACCCAGAAUAUAUUUGAUGUUAACAAGGUCUUCACAGCGCUAACGGCGUCUGCAUUUUCAGGGGCUUCCAAGGCAAGAAUCAUCUCGAACACCGCGUCGUCGUACAUGGAACCCACGCCACAACUUCACAGUGACGGCACACUAACAGACGAUCAGAAACAGUGGAAUAGUAAACAAAGUGCCGCAGUGGGUGGGUACCUACUACACGCACUCGUGGAAUCAUGCUACGUACAAGUGGAUUUGACCACAGCACUAAGGCAAACCAAUUCGUUCGCAGAGUUGGAUGCGUCCAUGCUAAUACCAGACCUAAACAAUGCAGACCCGGACUCAACAAAAAAGAAACGGCAUUGGCUCAAGAAAACAGUAAGUAGGAUCAGGCAAUCACGGUUUGAUGCCUCCAAAGUGGAAAUUGCAGCAUUCGCCCAUAAAGUACACCGACAUGGAGUUAAGGUAUACGGAGUCCUGGAAAUGCGCGAAUGCUGCAUGAUACACCUGCGUGAUGCCGUCGCACGGGGGCUCGUUAAUCUAAGUUGCCUGCCUAUGGUAUGUGAGCCCAAGCCGUGGACCUCAGUGGCAUCCGGUGGACUUGCACUGCUCAAGCAUUACUUCAUAAGGACACAAUGCAGACCAACGUAUGACGUAAGGGUAUACGAUCUAUCGAGGGUCUUGAAAGUUGCAACUUCAUUCGGCAAGGUGCCGUGGAAGAUAAAUGGCAAUGUGUUGCAAGUACUCCAGAAACUCUGGGAAACUGAUGCAGUACUGCCAGUGAGGUCAUUCCUACCAGAUAAAACGCUAGUAGAAGCUGAUCCAAGUACACUAGUCAAUGUCAUGGAUAGAGCAAAUGCACUGUCUGAAUGCUCACUAUUUGAACGAAGGCUACGCGUGGCCAGUGAUUUCCUUAUGGAACCGCGUAUAUACUUCCCGCAGAAUAUAGAUUUCAGGGGUAGGAUGUACCCGCUGUCGCCGCAUUUAAAUCAUAUGGCAGAUGAUGUAUGUAGGGGUUUGCUAAAAUUUGCCGACAAGAAACCACUAGGAGAACGUGGGUUCUUUUGGCUGAAGGUACACAUAUCUAAUCUCUACGGGAUUGAUAAGGUACCACUAGCAGAACGUGUUGCAUGGGUAGAGAAGAAUACAAACAUGAUACAGCAACUUGUUGCAGACCCGUUUGCUGAGCUAUCUCAAUCCUUUUGGCGCCGAGUGGAGUCGCCAUUUCAGUUCUACGCGGCAUCAGUGGAUUAUGUUGCAGCGUUGAGAUCGGGUAAUCCCUAUAGCUACCAAAGUGAUAUUCCAGUGCACCAGGAUGGAAGUUGUAAUGGACUCCAGCACUAUGCAGCAUUGGGACGUGACCUUAGUGGCGGAGCAGCAGUUAAUCUAAUACCAGAUGAACGCCCACAGGAUGUGUACCAGCAGGUGUUACUAGAGGUAAUAGCCAAGGUCCGGACGGAUUACCAAUGUACUGCAUCCAUAGAACCAAUAAGUAAACGGUCAUUCAUGGCUAAACUGUGUUUAGAGCAUGGUAUACUGCGACGGAAAAUCGUAAAGCAAACUGUAAUGACUAUCUGCUACGGAGUAACACGCACAGGAGCAGUGUCCCAAAUAGAAGCAAGACUCAAGGAAAUAGAUACAAUCGCAUCAAUGGGUAACCAACAAGUGAAGCAACUGGCGUCAUACAUAGCAGGCAAGGUCCUGGGAUCAAUUAAAACUGUAUUUGCAGAAGCAAUGGGAAUAAAGAAAUGGCUCGAUGAUAUAUCAGCAGCACAUAACAGACUGAAUGUACCAGUUACAUGGAUAAGCCCUAUAGGAUUACCAUGCGAACAGCCAUACUGCAAGGCCGUAACAAAAGUUGUUAGAACACCAAUACAAGCCAUUAACAUAUCGGAAAAUGCACCUAGCGUAGUGGAUAAACGGAAGCAGAAAUUAGCAUUCCCACCCAAUUUCGUGCACUCACUGGAUGCGUCGCACCUUAUGCUAACGGCAGAGGUACUGUUCCGUGAUGGAUUCAGCUUUGCGGCGGUACAUGACAGUUACUGGACCCACGCAUGUGACGUAGAUAUCAUGAACAAGGCCAUACGAGAACAGUUUGUAAAAAUGUACAAUGAACCCAUAUUGGAGAAUUUGUAUCAAAGUUGUAAUAAGCGACUACGAGGUGAGGUUACAAUACCGCCACCACCGCCACGAGGUCGCCUUGACCUUGAAUUGGUCAAGGACUCGGUAUAUUUCUUCCACUAAGUGGAAGUGGUAUACAGAGUAUAUAUCCCCGGUGGUCUAU